UCACAGUCGAGUAUUUUUCGCGCUGGUCGGCCUCACAGUUUGAGUUCCCCGCAAAAGCCUUUAGCUCCACUUGAAUGAAAUUCUGCGUUUUACGCCAUGGAUAAACUUCCCGCUUCCUCGUAAACAGCCACCGGGUCGUCCAGCCAGGAGAGCGCACCAACAGAAUGGACGGCAAAGGGAGCUCUUUACCUUCGAUGCCCGAGCUGGCCGAGCCCGUCAGCGUCAAGCAGCCACCCGAGCCCCGGGGCGACCCGUCCCUGCUCAUGGACCGGGCCGCUGCCCAGCUUGCCGCCACCUUACAGGACGGCGUGCUGCAGACCAUGUCGGGCCACCGGAGGCUCGAGGACCUCACGUCACUGGUGCUCAAUGGCGAGCGGGACGCCUGCGCCCCCGAACCGCCCGUCGUCCAGGGCGCCGAAGCCCCCGCCUCCGACGGCGCCCGCCGGCCUGAACUAAAAGCCAGCGUGCCCCGCCCCCUCUUCGAGUCGCGUCCUGCCGUGGCGGAAGGGGCGGCAUCGGCGCCCGAGGGACUGCGGGAAGUGAAGAAGCGGCGGGGUAGGCCUCCCAAACAUCAACCCAAUCUCGGUUCCUCCGCCUCACGUGAAGAUGCUCUCGGCAGCCCCGAAUCUGUUCUUCUGGAGGCAGCAGAUGAGUCGCAACAAGCCGUGGUCCGCAGAGAACUUCCACAGCAUCAGAAGCACCUGAUUGUCCAGAGAUAUCUGUCAGGAGAAGGCUACAAAAGAAUUUCCAAGGCGCUAAAUAUCCCUUGGAACACGGUCAAGGGCGUCAUUACCAAGUGGAGGAAAUACGGCACCACCGCCACUUUGCCCAGAACCGGACGUCCCCCCAAAAUGGAUGACGGGACUGGAAGAAGACACGUGACGACCUCGACCGAGCUUCUGGAACUUUUGCCGAAAGUGGUUUCCGAGCCGACGGUCGACGCGCCGCUUUCGCCAAGCAGUUUCUCUGUCGGAGAUGUGGUCUGGACCAAGGUUUCGGGGUACCCUUGGUGGCCCUGCAUUGUCACCACCGACCCUGAACUCCACCUCCACGUCAAACCCAAUGCUAAAAGCAGAUCGGGCCUCCUUUACCACGUCCAGUACUUUGGAGACUCUCCUGAGAGGGGCUACAUUUUUGAGAAGAACAUGGUGUCCUUUUCCCGGGAGAGCCAGUACCAGGAGCUCAGUCUGCACAAAAAGCAGCCGGCUUCACGCGUUCUCCACAAAAAGACCCUUCAAACCGUGCCCCGUAAAUUACGGCCCCAGUGGAAGAUGGGUGUGAUCCAGGCCACGGAGGCGCUGGCCAUGUCGCCCGACGAGCGCUUGGCCAACUUCACCUUUGCGUACGACUGCGACGGGCCCCGCCUCAACCCCUGCAUCCUGGACAAACUGAAGCCAGAGCCUGGCGCGGAAGCGGAGGCCCGGCUGCUGAUCGGAGCGGCCAAACGCCUCGACGGGGACCGUCUGAAGAAGAGGGAGAAGAAAAACGCCAAUGCUCUACCACAGGAUUCCCUCUGCGUGGAAGUGACGGUACCUCUAAAGAAGCGAACACUCAAAGCCCCCAGUUCCUCCCUAAAGACAGACGGGCGGAGAAAAACAUUGACGGGUUCAACCAAGAAAACCACAUCGGGAGAUGCAGCAGCUUCAGCGAAGAGAAGACAAAAGCAAAACUCCAAAAGGACAAGUUUGCUCGACGUAGCGGUAGACCAGCACCCUAAAAAGAGGCGGAAAAAUGCCGGGACGUCGGUGGGAACUCGCCAGGAACCCAAGAAGAGGAGGCGGAAGGCUGACCGGGAAGUCAAGGAAACCAAGAAGCGACUACUUUCAGAUGAGCGAGAAGCAGCGGAACCGAAACGCAAAAGGAAGCGGAAGCGGGAUGGAGAAAACUUCCAGGAGCCCUUCAACGCUAAAAAGAGGCGCUCGUCCCUUUGUCAUGAACCUUACGUUUCCGGUAGUGAAGGAUGUCCAGCUUCUCCUAGCGACAGCCUGGACGAGAUGAAGAAGGGCGAACGCAAGAAAGAAUUUGUCUGUCAGGUGUGCGAGCAGUCCGGUGAAGACCUGGUUCCCUGCGAAGGUCAGUGUUGCGGAAUGUUCCACCUUCUUUGUCUAGGAGAGAGCUUCCGGCCCGGCGACAAGCUACAGUGCCGCUCGUGCAGCACUGGGCUUCGCUCCUGUUUCGCCUGCAAGCGGUUGGAUGGCGAGCUGCGACGCUGCUACGUGGCCCACUGCGGGAAGUUCUACCAUGAGGCGUGCGCCCGCCUCAGCCCACUCACAGUCUUUGACAACAAGGGUUUCCGUUGCCCGCUGCACGCCUGCCUCAGCUGCCAUUAUGGCUGCCGCACCCAGCACAGGUCCACCAAAGGCCGCCUGAUGCGAUGCCUGCGAUGCCCCGUGGCCUACCACGUGGGCGACCAAUGCGUUGCGGCGGGCAGCCAGAUCGUCACCGGCACGGCCAUCGUCUGCACCAACCACUUCAGCGCAAAGAAAGGAUAUAGCCACCACAGUCACGUCAACGUCAGCUGGUGCUUCGUCUGCUCCAAAGGAGGUCAGCUGCUGUGUUGCGAGUCUUGCCCGGCCGCCUUCCACCCGGACUGCCUCAACAUGGCCAUGCCCGACGGCAGCUGGUUCUGCAACGACUGCCGUGCCGGCAAGAAGCCCAAAUACAGAGACAUCAUCUGGGUCAAACUAGGAACGUACCGAUGGUGGCCCGCGGAGAUCCAGCACCCAAGCAAAAUCCCCACCAACAUCCAGCACCUUCGUCACGAGAUCGGAGAGUUCCCAGUCUUCUUCUUCGGCUCCAAGGACUACUUCUGGACCCACCAGGGCCGCGUCUUCCCUUACGUGGAGGGUGACCGGGGUAGCAAGUACCAACGGACCGGAAUCGGGAAGGUCUUCAAGACUGCUCUUCUUGAGGCCGAAGCUCGUUUCAAGGAGGUGAAGAUGAAGCGGGAGGCCAAGGAAGCACAGGAGAAAAACCGGAAACCGCCCCCGUACAAGUUCAUCAAGGUGAACAAACCGGUGGGCAAGGUGCAGGUGUAUGCCGCCGACGUGUCGGAGAUCCCAAAGUGCAACUGCAAGCCGUCAGUGGAGCGCCCUUGUGGCUUCGAGUCGGAGUGCCUGAACCGCAUGCUUCAGUACGAGUGCCACCCGGAGGUGUGUCCCAGUGGCGAGCGCUGCUGCAACCGGGACUUUAGCGAGCGCCGCUACCCGGACACCCAGAUUAUCAAGACCCCCGGCAAGGGCUGGGGACUCGUCGCGCUGCGAGACAUCAAAAAGGGAGAGUUCGUCAACGAGUACGUUGGCGAGCUGAUCGACGAGGACGAAUGCCGGGCCAGGAUCAAGCACGCUCACGAGAACAACAUCACAGACUUCUACAUGCUCACCAUCGACAAGGACCGAAUCAUCGACGCUGGUCCAAAGGGGAACUUCUCCCGCUUCAUGAACCACAGCUGUCAACCCAACUGCGAGACGCAGAAGUGGACCGUCAACGGGGACACGCGCGUCGGACUAUUUGCCGUCUGCGACAUCCCAUCAGGUACGGAGCUGACUUUCAACUACAACUUGGAUUGUUUGGGCAACGAGAAGACUGUGUGCCGCUGUGGCGCCCCCAACUGCAGCGGCUUCCUGGGAGAUCGCCCCAAGAACGCCAACGGUCAGGCGGCCAAGCGGCCCAAGCGCAAGUACAGGAAGCGGCGGACGGAAGGGAAGAAGUCAGACGACGAGUGUUUCCGCUGUGGCGAUGGUGGGCAGCUGGUCAUCUGCGGAAAGAAGACGUGCACCAAAGCCUUCCACCUCUCCUGCCUCAACCUCACUAAGAGGCCCUUUGGUCGCUGGGACUGCCCGUGGCACCACUGCGACGUCUGCGGCAAGAACUCUGAGGCCUUCUGCCAACUCUGCCCAAACUCCUUCUGCAAGGCCCACCGGGAGGGGGCGCUGCGGGCCUGCCCACCCGACGGCCAGCUGCGCUGCCUGGAGCACGACGCCGAGGACGUCCCAGCCCGACCCCGCCAGCUCAAAAACGCUGGCAGGCCGUCCUAAAAAGCCGGAAAACGAGACGUAAACCCUCCGCCUCGCUCGCCAUAGGUAUUGCAAUCUCAAAUGUUUUUCGAUCUUUGAAAACAUCAAAAACGCACUUGUUUUUUUUUCCACUUAGGGUUGAUUUUUAUUUUUAUUUUUUUAUUUUAUUUUUUUUUAACCUCCAGAUUUUUAUCACAACUUUCAGUCGAGGCCACGCCGCCACAGCCAGGUUUUAAACUGAGAUAUAUCUGUAAGUGGGGGCGGGGGAGAAAAUGAAUCCAAACAUUUGAACCUGAAAAAACGGUUUGAUAUUUUCAAAGAUUCAAGAGAGGGUUUUUUUUUUUUU